UGGAACACAACAGAAACAAUGCCAUUUCACAGAUUGGUUUAAAUGACAAUAUGCUAGUAUAUUCUGUGCAUCAGAACUAUAAGAGAAGCCAAAAGAACUUUUGGUAAUUUUAUCUACGAUAGUGGCACAAAAAGUGCUGCAGAUACAGCAGAUCUUGAAAAGCUAAUUCAAACCUACACUCUUGAAUCCUCUUUUUCGCUUUAGAGCCACUUAUCUUCCCUUUUGCAUACUUCAAGAACAUGAUGGUCCCACUAAGCUCAUUCAAAAGCCUCUUUUCCCUUUGCUUUACUAUAACUCCCUUCUUAUUUAGAGAUCAAAAAGCAACACCUAUCUUCAUCCCUUCCCCUUAAUUUUCUUUACUUGAUACCAGUAACACCAUUCUAGCAAAUGAAAAUGCUCAAUCUCCCACCUCCACCCCCGUCUCCGCUUCCUCCUCCUCCAUUACCACCACCACCCUUACCAGCAUCACCACCAAGUUCACGGGGCACAACUCCCUCCAAAAAACAACCUACUCCAAUCUCACCAAUCCAAGUCACAAAAUCAAGGCGAGGUAUUAGUCCACUUACUAGAAAGCACGACAGGCUUGAUCUUGGCACGCAAAAGUUGAGAUCUGGACUAGUACUUCAGCAAACUCAACCUCGCAGAACUAAUCUGUUUGUGUGGUGCAGUGCCAUACUCUGUCUGCUCUUUAGCCUCAUUCUCAUCUUCUUUGGAAUCGCAACUUUGAUAAUUUUCAAGGAAAUCAAACCAAGGUAUCCACUUUUUGACAUAUCUGCAGCCAAUCUCAACAGCAUCUACUUUGAUUCACCAGACAACAUCAAUGGCGACUUGAUCCUUCUUGUGAAUUUCUCCAAUCCAAAUAAGAAGCUGGAUGUAAGAUUCGAGUAUCUGGAUGUAGAGCUGUAUUUCUCUGACAGGUUCAUAGCUACUCAGGCACUUCAACCUUUCACUCUGAGACAAGGAGAAAAGAGGUUGGAAUCAGUUCACUUGAUAUCAAGUUUGGUCUACAUGCCGCUGAACCUUGGCAUACAACUUCAGAAGGAGGUACAGAGCAACAAAGUUAACUACUAUGUGAGAGGCACCUUCAAGGUCAGAGCAACUCUGGGUUUGGUUCAUUUCUCUUAUUGGCUGCACGGUCGAUGCCAGUUAGAAAUGACUAGUCCACCAACUGGGGUACUACUAGGCCACAUCUGCAAGGUGAAGAGGUGACUAUCUGGAGGCAGCUUUUUUCCUCGUAUAUCUUUGCUUUCAUCUUUCUGAUCAAACUUGAAUUGAUUGUAGCCUACUCAUGGGAUAAAAUCAAUUUCAAUGACGCUAUGUUUCACUUUCAUCAUACA